UAUAAGAUCCGGACAAGAUAUGUUUUUCUGCAUCAAUAUCUGUUACCUACCUCCUACUGUAAAACUCUCUCGAUCGGCUUCUUGUAUCUGAUCGGUUUACUCUUUGAAGUUUAUUGGUUGUUAGGAAGAUUUUUUUUUUUUUUUUUUUCUUUUGGAAGGAGCAGGAAGAGAUGUUGAGUAUAUUCAACAAAGGUUUGGUUCAGCCACCUCAGGAGCUGAAUAGCCCGGCGCCACUGAAUUCUUCUGUGAAGCCGGCCAAGCUUUCACCAGAGAUUUUGAAGGACUUCGUUUCUCAAUCUGGCAAUGCCUUCUCAAUAAGCUUUGAAAAUGCGACUUCUUUUGCUUAUGUUCCACCCGAGAAACCAUAUUCCAUUCAUCAGAGAUUGUUCUGUGCUAUGGAUGAAAUAUACUGCAUUUUCUUGGGGAGCCUAAACAAUCUGUGCAGCCUCAUCAAGCAAUACGGCCUAUCAAAGGGCACAAACGAGGCCAUGUUCGUGAUGGAGGCCUAUAAGACUCUCCGUGACCGAGGUCCAUACCCAGCCGAUCAGGUCCUCAAAGAUCUUGAUGGAAGCUUUGGAUUUGUGAUCUACGAUAACAAGGCAAAAACAGUCUUUGCUGCACUGGGUGCAAAUGAAGAAAUUAGGCUCUUCUGGGGUAUUUCAGCUGAUGGGUCUGUGGUGAUUUCUGACAAGUUAGAGGUCAUAAAAGCAAGCUGUGCUAAAUCAUUUGCACCAUUCCCUACUGGGUGCAUGUUCCACAGCGAGCAUGGGUUGAUGAGCUUCGAGCACCCAAGAAUGAAAAUCAAAGCAAUGCCUAGGAUUGACAGUGAGGGGGUCAUGUGUGGGGCCGACUUCAAGGUUGAUGUUCAAUCAAGGAUUCACAGCAUGCCCCGUGUUGGAAGCGAAGCCAACUGGGCAAUAUGGGGCUCUCACAAUUCUGACGAGAUUUUUAGGACAGGAUAAUAACGUGAAGAAAUCAAUCCACAGUUCCACCUGUUUUAUUUUCCUAGUUAAUUCGCGUUUGUAUGUACAUUUGUCUAUCUUGGCGAGUUGCAGUGACCUGCAAUUCUUUUAUAUGGAUAAAAGAAUGUUUUAGAUA